AUGGUUCUUUCUUUUUUUUUCUUUUCAUUUUUUAAUUUUUUCUUCGUCUCUUCUUUUCCAAAGGAAGAUUUUUUCUUUCUGAACAACAACGUCUUCUAUUUUCUUUCAUUCUUUCUUUCUUUCUUAACAGUUUCUUUUUUCAUUUUUUCUUUUUUUUUCGUAAAUCUUUUUUUCGUCUUUCACUCUUUCUUUUUUUCUUUUUUCUUUCUAUUUUUUUCUUCGUUUUGUUUCUUUCUUUCUUUCUUUCUUUUCAUUUUCGUCUUUUUUUUCUUUCUUUCUUUUCUUUUUUUCUUUUUUUUCGUCUUUUUCUUUCUUUUCUUUUCUUUCUUUCUUUCUUUCGUCUUUUUGCUUCUUUCUUUUUCCAAAUUCUUUCUUUUUUUUCUUUUUUUCUCUUUCUUUUUUCUUUUCUUUGAUUUUUUUCCUUUUUUUAUUCUUUUCUUUCUUUCUUUCUUUGUUUUUUACGUUUCGUCUGCUUUUUCUUUCUUUCUUUCUUUCUUUCUGCUUUUUCUUCGAUUCUUCCGAUUCUUUUUUCUUUCUGAAAGGAACGUUUUCUUUCUGCUUCUUCUUUUUUUUUUCUUUCUGAUUUUUUUCUUUUUUUUUUCUUUCUUUCUUUCUUUCUUUCUUUUUUCAACGUCUUUCUUUCUUUUUUCUUUCUUUUUUUUCUUUUCUUCUUUUUUUUAUCUUCACUUUUUUUUCUUUCUUUUUUUUUCUUCUUUCUUUCUUUCUUUUUCUUCUUUUUCUGGUUUCUUUUUCUUUCUUUCUUUUCUUUUUUCUUUUUCUUCUUCGUUAUUUUUUUUCUUUCUUUCUUUUUUCUUUUUUCCCUUUUUUCGUUUUCUGUCUUUUUCUUUUUUCGAACGUUUCUCUUUCUUUCUUUCUUUCUUUUUUCUUUCUUUCUUUUUCUUCGAACCCUUCUAUUUUUUCUUUCUUUUCUUUUUUCUUUCUGAUUUCUUUUCUUUUUUCUUUCUUUCUUUCUUUCUUUCUUUUUUUCUUUUCCCAACUUCUUUCUUCUUUCUUUCUUUCUUUCUUUCUGAUUUUUCUUUCUUUCUGUCAUUCAUUCUUUUUGAUAAUUUCUUCGUUUUUUCUUUCUUUUUUUCUUUUCCUUUCUUUUCUUUUUUCUUUCUUUUUUCUUUCUUUUUUCUUUCUUUCUUUCUUUUUUCUUUCUUUCUGAUUUUUCUUUCUUUUUUUUCUUUCUUUCUUUCUUUUUUCUUUCUUUCUUUCUUUCUUUUUUUUUUUUUCCUUUCUUUUUUCUUUCUUUUUUUUUCUUUAUUUUCUUUUCGUUUCUUUCUUUUUUCUUUCUUUCUUUCUUCUUUCUUUUUUCUUUUCUUUUUUCUUUCUUUUUUCUUUCUUUCUUUCUUUUUUUCUUUUCUUUCAUUCUUUCUUUUUCUUUCUUUCUUUCUUUUUUUCUUUUUUUUCGUUUUUUCUUUCUUUCUUUCUUUCUUUUUUUUGUUUUUUCUUUUCUUCAAUUUUUUUUUUUUUCUUUCUUUCUUUAGUUUUUCUUUUUCUGUUUCUUUUUUUUUUUUCUUUCAUUUUUUCUUUAACUGGAACAUCUUCUUUCUUUCUUUUUUUUCUUUCUUUCUUUCUUUCUUUUAUUUUUUUUCUCUUUCUUUCUUUCUUUUUUUCUUUUUUUUUGAUCUUCUUCUUUCUUUUCUUUCUUUCUUUCUUUCUUUCUUUUCCUUUCUUUUCGUCUUUCUUUUUUUUUCUUUCUUUCUUUCUUUCUUUGUUUCUUUCUUUCUUUUUUCUUUCUUUCUUUCUUUCUUUCUUUUUUUUUUUCUUUUUCUUCGUCUUCUUCUUUCUUUUCUUUUUUCUUUUCUUGAAAAAUUCUUUCUUUCUUUCUUUCUUUCUUCUUUCUUUUUUUUUUCUUUUUUCUUUCUCAUAACGUUUUUUUCUUUUUCUUUCUUUUUUCUUCCUUUCUCUUUCUUUUUUUUUUUUUUCUUUUUUUCUUCGUCUUUCUUUUUUCUUUUUUUUUUCGUCUGCUUUCUUUCUUUCUUUCUUUUCUUUCUUUCUUUCUUCUUCUCUUCUUUCUUUCUUUCUUUCUUUCUUUCUUUUUUCUUCUUUCUUUCUUUUGAUUUCUGA